AUGCACCUUCCAUCGAUUUUUGCUUACUUGCUUCCAAUUUCAACAACGAUUGUCUGUGCAGUGAAAUGCUACUGUACGGACGAUCAUUGUGUGCCGUAUGGUGUAUGUGAAAGUACCAUAUGCUUGGUUGGAAUAGUCAAAAGUUCCAAUUCGGUUAUUCGAACAUGUGGUACCGAGAUGAUUGGCUGCCGAAGAAAUGUCGGGAGGUGGCUUCAUUUGUGCGCUUGCGAUAAACCUCUGUGUAAUACAUUUUCAUAUCUCAGGAGUAGUGCUAAACAUGAAGAUGAAGUGCCCAGUGGUUCUCUCAUUUUUAGUCGGAUACAUAGCGUAGAUUCAAAUCCAUUACAUCCGCAACCAGAUGCUCCAUUAUCUACUCGUACAUCUUUCCUUACAAUACUUCUGGUUGGUGUACCACUAGCAGUUGGAGCUGCCACCGUGGUUGUCGUUGCCUUUAAUUAUUACUGCCACCUGUGUUAA